AUGGAAUGUAGUAGAGCCAUUUCGUAUCGGCUCGAUCUUCCAGCAUCGAUAUCGAGCAUACAUGAUGUUUUCCAUGUUUCGAUGCUAAAAAAGUAUUUACGUGAUGAGGACCAGCAACGAGUGUUGGACGCAUCAGAGGUUGAGAUUUAUUAUGAUUUGACCAAUAUUGAAACUCCAGUUCGCAUUCUUGCUAGAGAGGACAAGAGACUUAGAAACAAGGUGAUUCCUUUAGUGAAAGUGCAAUGGAAUCGGAAAAGAGCUAAGGAGGCUUCUUGGGAGCGCGAAGAAGAUAUGCGUCAGGACUACCCACACCUAUUUGAAUAG